GCACCGCGCUCUCUCUCAGAAGUCCAUGGCUUUUGGGACUCUCCUCCUCCCUCUUCCUCACCACCACCGCAUCCAUCACCUCCAUCUCCGUCGUUCCUCACCGUCUCCUCGCUGGAACCCAUAAUCUCUGAUCAUCGCCGUCGUCAUCCCGUCAUGGGUUAUCUCUCCUGCAAUGGCGAGGCCGCCAUAUCCACCUGCGAUCCCUACAACUGGGACUGCAAGAGAAUCACCACCGCCACCGCCGCCAAACACGGGCCCGGCAAGCCCGCCAAGAAGAUUCGCAAGUUCUCCUACUGCGACCUCGUGAAGGCCACCGGUGGCUUCUCCGCCGAGACCUUCCUCGGGAGAGGAAGCCACGGCAACGUCUAUCGUGCCGUCCUCGACGACGGCAAGCUCGUCGCCGCCGUCAAGAGAACCAAGUUACCCUCCAACCCAUCGGCGACGACGACCAACGCCAAUCUCAAUCUCAUCUUCAAUGACGGGAACAACAACAACGCGAGCCCGGCAGAGAACGAGAUUGAGAUCCUGUCCCGGGUUCACAGCCCGAGGCUUGUCAACCUCAUCGGCUUCUGCGACGGCGUGUCGGACGGCCGGCUCCAUCUCGUCGUCGAGUACAUGCCCAACGGGUCGCUGUACGACCUGCUCCACCGGAGCUCCAGACCGCCCGGAUGGACCCGGCGGAUCCGGUUCGCGCUCCAGGUGGCGAAGGCGGUCCAGUGCCUGCACUCGGCGGACCCGCCGGUGAUCCACCGGGACAUCAAGUCGUCCAACGUUCUGAUCGACGGGGGGUCGAACGCGAGGCUGGGCGACUUCGGGCUCGCUCUGAGGGGACACGUGGAGGACGUACGGGCCAGGUGCACGCCCCCGGCGGGGACGUUAGGCUACCUCGACCCGGGCUACCUCCAGCCGUCCGAUCUCAGCGCCAAGAGCGAUGUGUUCAGCUUCGGCAUUUUGUUGCUCGAGAUCGUCAGCGGCAGGAACGCAAUCGACGUGAACUUCAGCCCCCCUUCCAUAGUCGACUGGGCGGUGCCCUUGAUCAGACGGCGCGCGUUCGACGCGAUCUGGGACAACAGGAUCGACCCGCCAGCGGACCCAGCGGCGGUGCGGAGCGUGGCAACGCUGGCAGCGAGGUGCGUCAAGGGGAGCGCGAGGAGACGGCCGGAGAUGGCCGAGGUGGUGGAGGGGCUGACAGAGGCGACCCGGAGGGCCCGCGCGUGGAAGAACUUGAACUGGGGGCGGCGGCGGGUAGGGGCAAGCGCGGGCGUCGACGCAGCGGGGGGCGAUGAGACGGCGAAGACGAUGAGGAGGCUCGGGAGCGGGAGGAAGAAGAGCAAGGUAUCCAGCGUUCCGAGCGUGGAGCGCGGGAGAGAGGGAUCCGGUGUUGCCAGCGUCGAGUACAAAAACGAGGCGAUUGGUUCGGGCGAUCAGGUGGUGAGGUCGAGGUCGGUUGGAUCGUACAGUGAGAUCUGGGCAGCAAGGAGAAAGCCGCCGCCGCCGCCGCUGCGGCUCUCCAAUCAUGGGGUGGCGGUGAAACGGACGGUAAUGGCGGGGCUGAGCAAGUCGAGGUCCAUGGGAGUGAUGCAGAGCCGCCGCGUUGGGUACCGUGAUAUCCAGGGCAGCGACAAGCUGACCACCUCUCGCGACGGGGAACCCGAAGCUGACAGCGCGUUCACCAAGGAAAGUGAAGACUCCAAUGAAUCGGAGAGGAAGUUGCUCGAGAGGCCUCCUCCGCUGCUGUAAAAAAAAAGAAAAAAAAGACAAACUCAAGCAUUUGAAAAUAAAAAAGAUCACAUUUUUAAUUCGAAAAUUGCAAAAGGGGUUCGGAGAUUC